UUGAACCAAUUUGCAGAAAUAAAGCUCGUACAAGAAUACAAGAUUGUGACUGUCGCACUAAAAAGGGCAGCCAAGAUUAGAUUUUGAAGUAAAGCACACAGAAAUCAUGGCGAUCAGGUUGGAUCCAUCUGUGAUUUUGAACAAAAGCCUAAACCCAGAAUACUGCAACUUCAACUCCUCGUUCGCUGCCUGUCGAUAGAGCCAUAGAUGGAAGUAUUAUCACUACAAUCGGAAACCUCUGGAUUGGAAUUUGGAAGCGUAAUUUGUGCUCAUUAACUGACAUUGUCAGUGCCCCUCUCUCUCUCUUGCGUCCGACGAAGGGGAGAGAGAGAAUUUGCAGCAGGGGAACGCGAAGCGACUCCAUCGGAGGAGGUGGGUUUCUCUUCAUCUUUCAGGUUUGAAUUUCUGUGUUCCUCUGAUUCUGGGUCUGUAAAUUUGGUUUGCUUAUAAUUUGAUUCCUCUGCUUGUCUUUGAUCGGGGUUCCAGAGUGGACUGCAAUUUUGGUUUUGUGUUGUUUGAUCGGCGUUCGUUGAAUGAAACAGGGAAUUUUGUGCUUGCCCUAUUUUUGUUUGUUGAUGGAAAUUGCGUGAAGGGACAGAUUUGUUUACGUUAUUACGUGCUAUUUAUGCUGAUCGAACGAUGCAAAUGUGGUUAUAUAAACCUAUGAGAAAUUUUUGUGUUAGGUUCAGUAGAAUUAAGGGUUUCUUUUAUUUCUUUCUUUUGCGAUACCUGAAUUUUUCUCUGCUUCCAAACAAGGGUUUUGCUUCAAACUUUAAUUAUAAUCAACUGGUAUGUCUUAUUUAUGUUAUUCUAUGUAACAUUGAAAAACUCACUAGAACAAGGAGGGGUUUUCCUGUUAGGUUUCAGUGGGAUUGAGGGUUUUCUUCUCUCUUUUUCCUUUUGGCUGUCUGAAAUUCCUUCUAGCGGAGUAGUAUUUUCUAUUAUCCAUAAUCUUUCUCCGUAACAUAACAGAUGUUUAGGAUAGGUAAUGCGUAGACUUGCUGCAAUUUUCAGUUGUUGUUAUGGCAAUGGAAAGGCCAUGAGCUUAUUCAAGGGGGGUUCUUUUUUAUUUGUCUCUUUUUAUGUUUUUCUAUCUUUAGGAAAAUCAGCUGAAAACUACCAAUGGACAGUGUUUUGGGGCAAGAUUUCAUUAGUGAUCUGCCUCAAAGUAUUAUAGAAACCAUCCUAACAAAGCUUCCAGUGAGGGAUGCGGUGAGAACAAGCAUUUUAUCAAGUAGAUGGAGGUAUAAAUGGGCUAACAUUACUGAAGUUGAAUUUGAUGACAAGUGUGUGGUCGUUUCUAAUGACAAAGGGUAUGUUGAGGACAAUCUUGUGAAAUUUAUCACCCGAUUUCUUUUCCUUCAUGAUGGACCAAUUCACAAGUUCAGUUUGUCCAGUACAUACUUGCAAUGUUCUCCCGAUAUAGAUCAAUGGUUACUUUUUCUAUCGAGAAAGGAUGUUAAAGAAUUGGUUCUUGAAUUAGGAGAUGGUGAGUGGUUUAGGGCUCCUUCAUGUCUUUUCUCUUUCCGGAAACUGACUCGUCUGGAUCUUAUUCGAUGUGAAUUGGACCCUCCUCCAAGUUUCAAAGGAUUCCCAUGCUUGAAGUACCUGAAUCUUCAACAAGUUCUGGUUGCCCCUGACGUCCUCGAAAGUCUUAUAUCAAGUUGCCCUCUUUUGGAGAGUCUAACACUGUCCUACUUCGAUAGUUUAGUUCUCUCCAUCCAUGCUCCAAAUCUGAAAUACUUAUCUUUGGAAGGUGAAUUCAAAGACAUAUGUCUUGAAAAUACCCCACUUUUACUUGCCAUAUCUGUUGCCAUGUACAUGACUGAUGAUAUUGGGGAGCUUUUUGAGCAAAGUUCAAGUUGCAAUUUUGACAAGUUCCUUGGUGGUGUACCACAGCUUGAGAGACUCACCGGGCAUAUCUACUUCACCAAGUAUUUGAGUAUAGGUAAUGAUCUGGGAAAACUUCCAAUUACAUAUCACCACCUAAAGAUCAUUGAACUGUAUCAAGUGAGUUUCGAUGACAUGAAAGAGAUACUGGUCAUUCUUCGUCUGAUUAUGAACUCCCCUUGUCUACAAGAACUUCAAAUCUCGGACUCCUCAAAUUUAUCAGUUGCUCUAGAACCUCCAGACUUGGGUUUUUGGGAGGAAGAAAGCCCAUGUGAUCACAAAUUCAGACUACUUAAGACUGUGAAGAUCACAGAUAUGUCUGGAGUUCCACAUGAGAUGGAGUUCAUCAAGUUUUUACUUGAAAGUUCACCAGUGCUUGAGACAAUGAACAUUGUACCUAGUGUGAAUGCCACAGACGGAAAAUUUAACACGUUGGUUGAGCUGUUGAGGUUUCGGCGGGCCUCUGCCCAAGCUGAAAUCAUCUUCUUCCAAGAUUAAAUACCAAUUCUAUUUUUAGGUUUAGGGUAUUAAACUCUUGUAUUGCUUUUUUCUUAAUUUCUUUUCCUUUUAUUUUAUUGGGAGGCCAGCGCACAGAAGUAGUCUCUUUGUUGCUUGGGUUGUUUGUUUUCUGAUUCUCUUCGGCUGUGUGUUGGAUUUCCAAUUGCAUUCACAUUGGGCAAAUUGUUGCCAAAUGAUGAACACAAUUAAUGCCAAAUAAUGAACAUAAUGGGCUUGUUUGUUGCAGUUUAAAAGUUAUAA